CAAAUUUCGAAACUUAAUCUUGUUCAACGAGGUUAAUUUCUUUUGUUUAAGUAUUGUACAGAUUUAUAUUUACCGCGAACAAUUUAACGAUAGCAUCGUGAGUUACUGGUCGAAUAAUUGUUGAGAUAAUACAUUUCUGCGCUCGUGUUGCGAUUAGUACGCAAGUAAGCUAUCAACAAGACUGAAUAUUUAAAUGCAAGGAAUGUGUGUAACUUAGCGCUUGAUAAAGUUUACUUUUUCACAUUUCACACGCAAUAUUUGGAACGUUGCGCUAGAAACCUGCCUGUACAUAUAUCAAUUCCAAAUCCACGCUCGGCGUCAGUUGAUAUUUGAACUGGAAACAAAGGUCGAACAUGAACAAUAUGGUUUCGUUUAAUUAUCUCAAGAAUUUCUCAUCGAUAUACGUGGUCGUGGCUUUGGCUGCCAUAAUUGGCAUCACAACUGUUCAAGCAGAGCUCAAACUAGUGAAUGUGUUAUUCCGUCAUGGCGAUAGGACACCUGAUGCCACUAACGAUGAAAAAUAUCCAAACGACCCUUACCUGGAUAAUCCUUUUUAUCCAAUGGGUCGGGGCCAGUUAACUAACAAUGGCAAAAUGAGAGAAUAUGUACUGGGACAAUUUUUGAGACAGAGGUACGGUCACUUUCUCGGAGAUGUUUAUAGAAGCGAAGCUGUCUCAGCUAUCAGUUCAGAUUAUGACAGAACGAAAAUGUCUUUACAACUCGUUCUCGCUGGUCUCUUCCCGCCAAGUAAAUUGCAACGAUGGAAUCACGAUCUAAAUUGGCAACCUAUCCCCGCGAAAUAUUUACGACGCUACGAGGAUAAUCUCUUUCUGCCAGAGGAUUGUCUUUUGUUUACGAUCGAAUACAAUAGAGUAUUGCAGUCACCGGCGGGAAAACGGGAAAUUGGAAAAUAUAGCCAACUUAUGAGACAAUUAACAGAGUGGACUGGUAAAAACAUAUCUACACCAUGGGAUAUGUAUUACAUAUAUCACACACUGAUGGCCGAGAGUUCUCUCGGUCUUGCUUUACCAGAAUGGUCGCACGCAAUAUUUCCAAAUGGAGAGUUAUUGAAUGCAACGAUAUUUUCGUAUAACAUCGCUAAUUCGACUCCUCUGUUGAAAAGAUUGUACGGAGGUCCGUUCCUCCGGAUCGUUACAAGGCAUAUGUUAAAUCAUGUAACCGGUGCACAAAAUCGAGAACGAAAAAUUAAUUUAUUUAGUGGACACGAAAGUAACGUUGCCGCCGUUUUGCACGCUCUUGGAGUUUUUUAUCCACACGUUCCCGAAUAUUCUAGUUCUGUUAUAUUGGAACUUCAUCAAAACAACAACGCUUACUACGUAAAGGUACUUAACUACUUGGGCAUUCCAUCCGAAGCAAAAGAACUUCAACUACCUGGAUGUGAGAUACUUUGUCCUUUGGACAAGUAUUUACAGUUAAUAGAAGGAGUGAUGCCGUCAAACGACGAACUGAUUUGCGACAAAGGUCUGUCACAUGCAUUUGUAGACAGAAAGUCAAUCGAGGAAUUAAGUUUAUUGAAAUACAAUCUGAUAAGAACUGCAGGAAUCAUUGAAAGUAAAUAAUACGUGUAUGAAAAUGUAAUUGUUAAAGAUGAAUUACAUUCCUUUGAAACCAAAGAAAACUUCAUGUUAAAAAUGAAGUUUUACAUAAUAAAUGCGUGAUAUACGAUAGAAAUGAAUUUAGAAUAGCUUUUAAUUUAUAAAUUAGCGAUAUUAAUUACAUAUCAUUGAUCUUACGCGAAAAGAUUAGACAUGAGGAAUGUAAUUCAUAUUUCUAAUUAUAUUAGCUCUUCCUAUAAGUAAUAUCGUCUUUUCACUUAUUUGAUACUACUAAAAAGGUACGUUAUUUGACGAAUUUGUUUCAAAUAAAGAACAGUAUUAUCGUUCAAAUUCGAAGUUUCUGUCCCUUUUUUAGUAUCUUUGGUUCUCUCGUAUUUGUAGAAUAUUUAAUAAUAUGCCGUAUCAAACUGAAAAUUAACGUCAAUGGUUCAUCAAAAGCAUCGUUUCAAAAUUGUAAUUAGCGUUAUUAAUAUCUUCUGACAUUUAAAAUAUAUGCAUAUUGUACAUAUCAUAAAUAUUUGCGACUGUGUUUGUUGCAUUUUCCCACUCAGAGUCUGGACGAGUUAAAUGGCAGAAAAUAUUAUGUAUAUCGAAAGCAUAUUAUAAAAUUUCUGUACGUAUGUAUUUUAUAAAUAACGACGUUACUUCUGGGAUGAAAUAGUUUAUAAAAUUUUAUGUGUAUAAAAAUAUACAUGAAAGAGCACCGGUA